UUCUGCCAUCCAUUAACGGCACACAACAAAAAACAGUCCACUCACCAUCAUCAAAAUGAGCAUGUUGAAAUGCACCUUUGCCUGCCCAGAAAUGCAAUUAAGCAUAAACGAUAUGUGUGUUUGUCAAUGUGCGUGUUUGUGUGUUGGGGAGUGGGGGAGCCAACACUGAGGCGCCUGACCCACUGACCUUUUUAUUUGACUUUUGUUGUUGUAUUAGUUGUUAAUUUAAUAUUUCUUUACAUCCUUUUCACUACUACCUCAUGAUCUUAGUCCAGGAUUCAAUCAGAACCGUGCUAGCCGACAACCGCAGGACUCUUAUUCGAGUGUCAGGCUGCAUACUCGUUUGUCUUCUUAAUUCAGUAUAGACUACUUCACUUCUUCAAACAUGAUCAUUAGCUGGCAAGCAGUAUUUAAUGAACACAUAAAAAAUAUAAUUGAUUUUUGUUAUAGAUUUUUUUUAUGUGUAUUGAAUUUCUAUGAAUUUUGUUGAAUGAUUUUACAUUUGAGUGUCAUUCUUUUUAUCAUUGAUAUAGUCUACACAUUAAAUCACCGUUUUGAACUACUAAUGCGGUAGGGAAAGAAGGGAUGGUUUUUGACAAUGACCACAAGAGCAGCAGCUCACUAAUUUGACAGCUCAUACCCCAGUUACACCUCCAACACCGCCUGAACAAGAGCCGUGCGUUUGUCGGCUAACACGGGUUACCCUUAAUCUGAUUUAAUGCUGGCCGUAAUCUAUUUCUUUAUCUUGCUGCUUUGUUUGGCUCGACACAGUCUGUGAUCAAUUGUGUUUCAAACUGCCCCGAGAAGACUGUCUGUAUGCUCCUUAUUUUCAAUGAGAUCGACAUUUUAUUCAGAGCAUUACAAUGACGCAGCCAUGCCAAUUUCUGAGAUGACAAACCAAGGUAAAAAGGGACACACAAAAGAAAAAUAGUUACAUUUAUUUUCCAAUGUGUGCGCUUCUGGAAAGUUGUAAACCUUCGAGUAUAACCUGCAACAGUGACAUUUCUGAGACAUCCGGUUUUGGUCACCUUACCAAUAAAACAAUUUCUCUGUCCCUAGGUCUGAUCAGACUGCCAAAUAAGGAUCUGCAGUGUUGCUUUGUACAAAUAACUACCCUCAUUUUACUUGGUUUCUUUUGUUCUCUUGUUGUAGGUUCUGCAUCUCAUGAAGGAAGACAUUUUUAUUUCCUUUUUAUUUCCUAACAUAGGCCUACUUUUUUGUGUGUUUUUGUCAGGUGUAGAUGAUUAAAAGACUAAUUGUGAUUUGAUUGUGAUUAGAUCUUCCUGACCACCUCCCGUGGUAGUCAAGGACCCAUUGUAUCUGGAUAUCAAUCAAGUGUAAACAGAUCUGGAAGGUCAAACCAUUUAAAUCAUCAUUAUAUCUUCCACUAAAAUCAUUGACCGCUAGCACCAUUGACUUAUAGCAUCAGUAGUCAUCUUAAGAAUGAAUUAAUUAAUAUUAUUGUGAAAGAAUGACUGUCAAAUAAUUAGCAUACAGGGAGGCACCAGGAAAUCUGGUCAAAUUGUGGACACAGUUGACGGAUAAGAGACACAUUUUUACACCAUGUAUAGACACGACAAACAUUGAUCAGAUAGUGAUUGGAUCGUAUUGAUCAGAUCACAAGACCCACAUGUUAGCACAAGGUGUAAACCAUGCAAGAGACAGGAUUACACAUCAGACUAGAUUGUAUUUCGGUGUAAAAGGUGUGAUCUGGCUGUUUUUCUUUCAUUUGAUCUGUCGACUUUGCGGGAGGUUAAUUUGGAAGUAUGUGGUGUAAUUGGUAUAAUGCAAUAUCCAAGCAUUCACCCAACCAACCCACAUUUUAAAAAACAGUCCCUCAAGUGUACUGCAUUUUGCCUCAUCAUUUCCAUUAAGGACUUCUUUAUUUAUGAAUCUAAUUUAUAAACAGCUCCAGAUUACCUUGUCUAUAAGGAAGAUUAGUAGAUAUCUGAAUGUAGGAACUCUAACUUCUAACUCUAACUAUAGAAGGAAUUUGCGUUGACCCAAGCAAUGUCUUUUACUUAUUAUUUUGCUCUUCAGCUUUAUAGGUACUUAUCAUUUCCCCUUAAUGUUCUUUACUUUCCGGACGGUGUGGUUGUCAGUUCAGUGAUCAUAGGUAGCUCUCUAUGGGCUGAAUCCUAACUUGAGAUCCAUACGUGUGCAACACUCCAAACACACUUCCCAUUAGGAGUCUGAUCUAUAUGUUUAUUACCACAAUGUCUGUUUUCCUUAUCCUAUGUUUCUGUUUCUAUGUUUUUUACACCUGUCCUAUGUCUCUCAUGGCUUUAUGAAGACUAUGAAUCACACUCACCUGUCCUAUAUUUCUCAUGGCUUUAUGAAGACUAUGAAUCACACUCACCUGUCCUAUGUUUCUCAUGGCUUUAUGAAGACUAUGAAUCACACCCACCUGUCCUAUGUUUCUCAUGGCUUUAUGAAGACUAUGAAUCACACCCACCUGUCCUAUGUUUCUCAUGGCUUUAUGAAGACUAUGAAUCACACUCACCUGUCCUAUAUUUCUCAUGGCUUUAUGAAGACUAUGAAUCACACUCACCUGUCCUAUGUUUCUCAUGGCUUUAUGAAGACUAUGAAUCACACACACCUGUCCUAUAUUUCUCAUGGCUUUAUGAAGACUAUGAAUCACACUCACCUGUCCUAUGUUUCUCAUGGCUUUAUGAAGACUAUGAAUCACACUCACCUGUCCUAUGUUUCUCAUGGCUUUAUGAAGACUAUGAAUCACACUCACCUGUCCUAUGUUUCUCAUGGCUUUAUGAAGACUAUCAAUCACACUCACCUGUCCUAUGUUUCUCAUGGCUUUAUGAAGACUAUGAAUCACACUCACCUGUCCUAUGUUUCUCUUGGCUUUAUGAAGACUAUGAAUCACACUCACCUGUCCUAUGUUUCUCAUGGCUUUAUGAAGACUAUGAAUCACACUCACCUGUCCUAUGUUUCUCAUGGCUUUAUGAAGACUAUGAAUCACACUCACCUGUCCUAUGUUUCUCUUGGCUUUAUGAAGACUAUGAAUCACACUCACCUGUCCUAUGUUUCUCUUGGCUUUAUGAAGACUAUGAAUCACACUCACCUGUCCUAUGUUUCUCAUGGCUUUAUGAAGACUAUGAAUCACACUCAUAUUAAUCUGAUCACUAGCUGAAUGUCUUGGUUUAGAAAAAGGACUCGUGAAGAAAAUCCUAAAUGUUGUGUCAGGGUUGGGAUCAUUUCAACUGAAAUAAAUUCAGGAAUGGAAUGUACAUUGAUGGAUGGUCCAUUAUCUUCACUGAGAAUUGUUUUACCAAUUCAUGAAUUUAAUUUCCUCUUUGUUCCCUGAAUUGACCGAGUGGAAAUUAAUUGAGCCCAACCUUGACUAUCAUUAAUACCUGUCUGUCGUCCCCUCCAACAUCCUCUCUUCCUUUGUCUAGUGUCAUUCAAUACGUCUGGAGCGUCCAUGGGAUUCAACUCCAACGCAAAAAAACAGGCAUUCUCAUUUUCUUCUCAAAGUUAGGUGGCCCAUUUAAAAGAAACCAAGUGAAUACAUUGACUUGAAUAAUAUUUCAUUUUCAACAGCUGUUUGGUAUUGACCAUUGUGGGACCUAUACUCGAAAGUUUACAACUUCCGCAAGGGGACAUUAAUUCAGAGGGUACCUAAGAAUUAUGUGUUUUUCUAAAUAAUUUACUUAAUGGAAACAAACAGCUCUUAGAGAGAGAGAAAAAUAAUUAGCACAAGUCAACCUUAACACUGUCUCUGUGUUGCCUCACUCCCUCAUCACAACAUGGUUAUUGGGUAAUGUCGCUUCUUGUCGAAGAUCUUUGUGGUCAUUUUCAGAGGUAGAAUGGGUAUUUUUUGGUUGUGCUUGCUACAAAAGUUGGUCUUUUUGGAUGUGCUUGCUGAAGAAAUGUUUUUUUAUGGCUAUGCUUGCUGGGGGAAUAAACAAACAAAUCGUAUUGUUUGUGCAUGCUGAAGUACAGUACACUGAGCAAACAGAAUUCCUAAUGCUCAUCCAUAACUCUGACUUUCGCGUGAAUCCCUCUUUUUUAAUUCAGCGUAUGAUUUAAACAAGGGUUACUUGCAUGUACACUAUAUUUUCAAAAAUAUGUGGACGUAACGGAUGUGAAAUGGCUAGCUAGUUAGCGGGUACGCCGCGCUAAUAGCGUUUCAAUCAGUUACGUCACUUGCUCUGAAACCUAGAAGUAGUGGUUCCCCUUGCUCUGCAAGGGCCGUGGCCUUUGUGGAGCGAUGGGUAACGAUGCUUCGUGGGCGACUGUUGUUGAUGUGUGCAGAGGGUCCCUAGUUCGCGUUGGGGCGAGGGGACGCCAUAAAGUUAUACUGUUACAUUGAUGCUGUUGACCCGGAUCACUGGUUGCUGCGGAAAAGGAGGAGGUUGAAAGGGGGGUGAGUGUAACGGAUGUGAAAUGGCUAGCUAGUUAGCGGGUACGCCGCGCUAAUAGCGUUUCAAUCAGUUACGUCACUUGCUCUGAAACCUAGAAGUAGUGGUUCCCCUUGCUCUGCAAGGGCCGCGGCCUUUGUGGAGCGAUGGGUAACGAUGCUUCGUGGGCGACCGUUGUUGAUGUGUGCAGAGGGCCCCUGGUUUGCGCCCGAUUCGGGGCGAGGGGAUGCCAUAAAGUUAUACUGUUACAUGGACACCCCUUCAAAUUAGUGGAUUCGGCUAUUUCAGCCACACCCGUUGCUGACAGGUGUAUAACAGCAAGCACACAGCCAUGCAAUCUCCAUAGUCAAACAUUGGCAGUAGAAUGACCUUAAUGAAGAGCUCAGUGACAUUCAACGUAGCACCGUCAUAGGAUGCCACCUUUCCAGCAAGUCAGUUCGUCACAUUUAUGCCCUGCUGGAGCUGCCCAGGUCAACUGUAAGUGCUGUUAUUGUGAAGUGGAAAUAUCUAGGAGCAACAACGGCUAAGCCGCGAAAUGGUAGGCCACGCGAACCAAGUGCUGAAGCGACUAGCGCAUAAAAAUUUGUCCUUGGUUGAAAUACUCAGUAUCGAGUUCCAAACUGCCUCUGGAAGCAACUUCAGCACAAGAACUGUUCAUCGGGAGCUUCAUAAAUUGGGUUUCCAAUCUUAACACUACAGCAUACAAUGACAUUCUAGAUGAUUCUGAGCUUUCAACUUUGUGGCAACAGUUUGGGGAAGGCUCUUUCCUGUUUCAGCAUGACAAUGCCCCCGUGCCCAAAGCGAGGUCCAUACAGAAAUAGUUUGUUGAGAUCGGUGUGGAAGAGCUUUACUGGCCUGCACAGAGCCCUAACCUCAACCCCAUCGAACACCUUUGGGAUGAAUUGGACUGCAAGCCAGACUUAAUCGCCCAACAUCCGUGCUCGACCUCACUGAUGCUCUUAUGGCUGAAUGGAAGCAAGUCACCACAGCAAUGUUCCAACAUCUAAUGGAAAGCUUUCCCAGAAGAGUGGAGGCUGUUAUAGUAGCAAAGGGGCGCCAACUCCAUAUUAAUGCCCAUGAUUUUGGAAUGAGAUGUUCGACGAGCAGGUGUCCACAUACUUUUGGUCAUGUAGUGUAUCAAGUUAAGAUUCAGCCCGAAGUGUCCAUCGCAACGUAAUAUGAUUGCAUUCAUGUUCACAUACUUAUUUGCUUUACAUCAAAUUCUCCGUGGGAAUGAAUGUAUUAUUAUGAUUUGAUUAUACUUCACAGUAUGCACAUCUCUUUACAAUUUAGGACCAGUCAUAGUAAUUGCAGGAACACCUUAUUUAUGUUUUCCUCAUUAACGAUAUUAAAGUCAACUUCACCAUAAUGCCUUUAA